AUGAGAGGGAUAAUAAACAAAUACCUAGUUUCUUUUGAUAACUCGAGGUGCUCUCUUUGCGAUGUGGUGGAGUCGCAAGAACAUUUGUUCAUUCAUUGUGUUUUUGCUAGAGGUUUAUGGAUUGAUGUGCUUAAGAGACUGGAGAUAACUUGGGUUUUUCCUAAUUGCUUUGAAGAUUUCAUGAUACAAUGGCUGAAUGUAAUUCCGAGGGGACCUUAUUGGAACCUCUGGGAAAUUUUAUGGUGUUUAAUGGUAUGGGAAAUUUGGAAAAGUCGAAAUAGACGAGUCUUUCAGAAUGAAGCAAUGGUGACAGAGAAGCAACGGGAUAUAGGACAGAGCAAUGAUGUAAACCUAUGUUUUCUUGAAGUUGCAAAUGAUAGAAGAAUUUAA